AAAAUGAGGCUUAAGGUGGUAGCCUUCUCUUCUGCCUGCUGCUGUCUGCCCACUCCAAGCAGCCUGCCUGUUCGGUGCAGACUGUGCCAUAGGCUAAAGAGAAGGAGAUUGGCUUCACUGAGAAGAAUUACAGGCUGCUAGGUUUGCCUGUGUUACUUGCUAGUUGGAAGUUGCCUGCUCAUGUAAUGCACUCACUUACUCAGGAAAUCAGAAGCUUCUCCAGGAAAAAUCUUAAGAAGCAAUGCACAAGGGUAACAACUUUAACGGGGAAGAGAAUUAUAGAGACAUGGAAAGAUGCCCGAAUGCAGGUGGUGGAAGAAGCAGAGCCAAGUGAUGGGUUCGGUUGUGGUUACGUACAGGACCUUAGCUUGGACCUGCAGGUUGGCGUUAUUAAGCCCUGGUUGCUGCUAGGAUCACAAGAUGCUGCUCAGGAUCUGGAGACAAUGAAAAAAUAUGGGGUUACUCAUGUCCUAAAUGUGGCAUAUGGAGUUGAAAAUGCCUUCCCCAAUGACUUUAUAUACAAGAAUAUUUCUAUACUGGAUCUCCCUGAGACUGACAUCACAUCGUAUUUCCCGGAAUGUUUUGAGUUUAUUGAGCAAGCCAAGAUGCUGGAUGGAGUGGUGCUGGUUCACUGUAAUGCAGGAGUUUCUCGUGCUGCCGCAAUCAUCAUUGGUUUUUUAAUUAAUUCAGAAGGACUCAAUUUUGCUAGGGCAUUUUCUUGGGUGAAAAAUGCAAGACCUGCUAUCUGUCCGAAUCCUGGCUUCAUGGAGCAGCUUCACAAGUACCAAGAGUGCAGUAAAAAGGCAAAUGGAAGCAUAAAUGAUCACAAAUGAUAAAAUGAGAGAAAUGCAUGCAACUAUCAGUGUGGUUGUUCUGUAACAAAUAUGCUGGCAUAGCAUACCUUAAACUGUCAUUUCUGAAUUUAAAUAGCUAUAUAUGAGGGGAGGGUAAAUUCAUUUCCCCCACAGUUAAUUCUUCAGCUUUUUAGUCUAAAUAGACUGUUACACUAGUUGGUCCAGGCAUCAAGUUGCUAAGAGACCAGCUUUUCCCCUGAUAUUCUUCCAUUGACUUCAGAGAUGAUUUGGCCCAGGGACACAUUUUUCCCAGAGUGGUGAAAAAAUGAUCAAACAAGUUCUGGUUUGUUUGAAAUAUCAGAUAGAACAGAAUGGUAGGUUUUCAUUGAACUGUCUGUGGAGGUAGCAAUAGAAAAAUAAAAUAAAAUGCAGGCUCAGAUAAUAAAGUUACCCCAUCUACUUUAAUACCAAGUCCAAUCUUUAUCCAUUCUAGCG